CGGUGGGAGCGGACGAGCAGGAGUAUCGGCUGACCCGGUACCUGUUGGCGAACUACGACCCGUCCGUCAGGCCGGCCAGUAACUCCUCCCACGCUCUCACUGUCGUCUUCGAUGUGGCGCUGCAUAGUAUUAUUGAUGUGGACGAGAGGAACCAGAUUCUGACGACUAACUGCUGGCUGAUGCAAGUCUGGACGGACGCUCAUCUCACCUGGAACGAUUCGGACUUCGGCGGCAUCUCGGUCAUCCGGGUCCCCUUCCAGUUAGUCUGGAAGCCUGACGUGAUCCUCUAUAACAAUGCGGACGCCCAGUACUCCCUGGCGACCGUGAGCACUAACGUGAUAGUGAACUCCGAGGGGAAGGUGACGUGGAUGUCCCACGGCAUCUACCGCUCCUCCUGCGACAUGAACGUCGAGUACUUCCCCUUCGACAUCCAGUCCUGCCGGCUCAAGUGGGCUUCCUGGACCUACGACGGCUUCCAGCUGGACCUGGUGAACCAGACGGACAAGGGCGACAUCACCAACUAUCACUCCAACGGGGAGUUCGACCUGCUGGAGUUCUCUGUGGCGAGGAACAUGGCCUACUACUCCUGCUGCCCCGAGCCCUACCCGGACGUCACUUUCACCCUCAGGCUCCGCCGGCGACCCAUGUUCUACAUCUUCAACCUCAUACUCCCGUGUCUCCUCAUUAAUGGGAUAGCGCUGCUGGUGUUCUACGUGCCGUGUGAGAGCGGAGAGAAGGUGACGUUGGGCAUCUCGGCGCUUCUCUCUAUGACGGUGUUUCUGAUGACCAUCCGGGAGUCCUUGCCGCCCACUGAGAAGACGCCGCUCAUAAGUAUGUACUACGGCGUGAGCAUCUGCCUGGUGAGCCUGGCGUGCGGCCUGUCCGUGGUGACGCUCAACGUCCACCACCGCGGGGCGAGGGGCGCCGCCGUCCCCCGGGCCCUCCAGAGGCUCCUGGUGGGGCCCCUCUCCAAGCUCCUCUUCUUCCACUUCCACAACCCGGCCACAACACGCCCCGUCACGCCUCAAGACAAUCAUCUUCACCUUAACGACCUGAGACCACAAGACCAGCGGGGGGACCACGAAGUCCGUCUGGCCUUCUGCGGAGACCACAAGGUCCACAUGACCAGCUUAGACCCGACGGAGCACAUCAGACCGCCCACCAGGACCAGCCACAGGAGAGGUCCGGCGACCAAUACGGACACCAGCACGCCCACGCCCACGCCCACACCCACGCCCACGCCCACGCCCGCCCACGCCUCAGACUUCGAGCGCCAGUUCCUUCUCGUCCUCAAUAAAGUACAUGAAACAAUUGAGAAGAAUGAACUCAGACUUGGCGAGCAGGACAGGAGGGAGUCCACCAGACUAGAGUGGCAGCAGGUGGCGCUGGUGAUCGACAGGUUCCUGCUGGUGUGUUUCCUGCUGUCGACGGCCGUCGCCACCACCACCAUCCUCUUCUCCUCCCCCCACGGGCCUUGACCAGCGGCCUCCUUCAUCCCCGAGCCUCCAGUCCUGCGUCCCUCCUCCUAUCCCUUCACUCAGAGUCGACGGAGGGCUGCUGUGAUACCAGGAGAGCCAGUCUACCCAGGGCAGCCAAGGUCUCUACACCAGUCUGCUUUAAGGAAGCAGAGAGCUGCCGCCGGAAGAGAACUGUGAAGUGUUCUACUGUCUGCCUGUGGAGUGGCAGUGACGGGAUUCGCCGUACCCGGGGCUGGCUAACAGAAGAGACGACUGACUAUGGUGCUGAAGAGGAGAGUAACCAGCGAGUGCAAGAAGCUCCUGCCUAGGGUUCGCUACCCUAGUAUUUGCACGUGAAGUGGCCCAGCAGCGCGAGGCUGAAGGUAUCUGCCAGCAUGAGGCUGGACUGUGGUUGUGGGCCUUCACGAGGAAGCACGUAGUGAGACUGUGGGUUGGCUGGCCCGUGGCCAGGGUAGACUCUUUGUUGUUUCCCGGUACCUGCUGAGGACAGUACCACGGAUGAGGAAACACGAUAGCUUACAAGACUGCAUCGCCAUCAUUGAAGAGCGCUUAGUGUUCCAUGAGACACUUUUGUACAUAUUAGGUGUACUAAUACUUUUGUUAGGAUUAUUUAUGAGGUGAUGGAAAAAGUUAUCAUAUGUAAAUAUAUCGACAUUUUAUGAA